AUGAGGAUUCCACACACUUUCGUAAUCGGACCAUACUUUGAGUAUCUAGCCUACGGCUCUGAAUGUGGUCUAGCACAUGCAAAUUGGAUUCAUGCACUAAAGAAUGUGCUUCAGAGUUCCUCCGUUCUUCGUCAGCCGCGAAAAAGAAGACCCACUAACGACUACUUCACUGCCUCUGUCAAUCUCAGUAUGUUACCACGCCGUAGCUCAAAUCGCCUUCGACGCAAACAAGCCGAACACACUGCAGAUUAUUCUCACCUGCCUCCGAAAUUCAAAGGACCCCUCUCCCCCUCGAUGCACUUCUGUCAUUACGUCUUAGAACAGCUUAUGAGUGCGAGAUAUGAGCCUAUCAACUGGCUGAUUGAUCUUGCUACUGUGAAGAAGAAACUGGACUACAGGCAGUUUGAGGAUUCUGAUGAAUUCGCUGUAGAGAUCAGAAGCGUGGGUGGAUCAAACUUACAAAUACGUUGGCAGAAGGUUCUUCUGACGCAUAGCAAAGGCUUCAGAUUUGCAUGA